AUGGCUCGUUUUAUGCCAAUUUCUGAAGCAAAUGAAAGAGCAACAGCUGCUGAUAUUGUUUCAACCUCACCUCCGUCGUAUGCAGCUUCAAAAUAUUUACAAUUACGUGCUGGGAGAGUUAUAAAAGGCCUGGAGACUUCUCUUCCCAAAAGUAAGUAUGAGGAGGAUGUGUAUAUUAAUAACCACACAAGUGUUUGGGGUUCAUGGUGGAAGGAUCAUCAAUGGGGUUACAAGUGCUGUAAGCAAACAAUACGGAACAGUUAUUGCACUGGUGCAGCUGGAAUUGAGGCUGCUGAAGCUGCAGCGGACCUAAUGAAGGCUAACAUUGAUCGUAAAGCAGCAUCUGAAGAGACACCUGUUCCAGCAGAGGAGAAAAGGCUUGCUACUUGGGGAAAUGAUGUACCUGAUGAUUUGCUCCUUGACCAAAAACAACUCACUGAGGCCCUUAAAAAGGAGGACGAAAGGAAGAAGGAAGAGAAGGAUGAAAGAAAGCGCAAGUAUAAUGUGAGAUGGAAUGAUGAGGUUACUGCUGAGGAGAUGGAGGCAUAUCGGAUGAAAAGAAUACAUCAUGAUGAUCCCAUGAAGGAUUUUCUGCACUAAUGUUGUCCCAGACUUGCCUUUUAGCUGGAUUCUGUGAGCUGGGAACACUUAAUUUAGGAUAUUGUCAAAGCAGACUUGAUAUCAUUUCCUAAAUCUGCUGUUGUUGGGGCUCUAUGAACUAUUUGUUAUGAUUUUUGUUUAAUGUGCAUAUAUGUAGGAGGAAAUCAUAGGGAGCACAUUCUGUAUUUUCAUGAACUCAUUAAUGUUAAUAAAACUUUGUG